UUUGGGGCAUUGUGGAAGCAGGGGGAAAGCGUGCUGUGAACAGCUUGUACAGAUUUUAGACAGCGUUUUAGGGCUUUAGUGUUGUGUAGGCAUAUAUAACCAGGGCAUUUAACACAAGGCUUUCAACGUUUUAGGGGCCACAGUUGGAUAUAGACACACUGGUCCUAUAAGACAAAGAAUUUGGCCAGACUGCGCGCUAGCAAAGAGGCACACAAAGGAAGUGCGGUCGAUAUUAAAAUAUGAACUGGAGUUGUCUAAAUGGUCGAGGAAGAUAACUUAUCUUCAAAUAGCUCGUAUUACAGACAUUUUUCAACAGCUGGUGUUAACUUGCAGCCAGUGGAGCCGUCUUUGAAAAUAGAAACAUCUCAUAUUUUCCUCGCGUUUCGGGAUUUAUCAGUCUACUAAUACUAUUUUAUCUGUAUUCGACAUUUUUGGCCACACGCAUUGCUAGAUUGUUGAGUGUUUUCUGGUUACAAUAUUCCGAUUUUGACAUUAGCUUUACGUUAUGUGAAGAGCUGCCAUUAUGGCUGUAACCGUGAGAAGAUACAUGAACAGAGACUCUUACAUCUUGAAACUGAAAGAAGGCAGCUAGCUAACUAGCAUUCAGUUCAAGCUAAAUAACGUUUAGCGGAGUGUUUCUUAGCCAAGCUACUCGGUUAGCACAUUUGGCCGCCCUGCUAGUGUGUUUGCCGUUUUGAAGAAGGCAGUUAACUGUUACGUUUCAGCUCUUUCUUCCACUAUCAGCGUUAAAUGCAUUCGGCUUGAAUGUGUUCGACUACCUUAGCAACUGGCCCGCUCUUCUAUAUUUACGGUUUGUGUUUGAAGUAGUGUCAAGUUAGCAUUAAGCUAACAGGCUAAUUAGCUGAGCUAAAGCUAACGGUGUAGCUUCCCAUUACAAAGUAACGACAGCCAGCGGCUAGCGUUACUCCCACUGAGUUUAAGUGACAGGGAACGAACAGUGGUUAUUUUUCUCCGUGUCUAAAAUGGCAACCGCAACAGGCGAGGCCCUGUUUUUGAUAAAGGACGUGAAGCCUGGGUCGAAAAAUUUGAAUAUCGUAUUCAUCGUGUUGGAAAUAGGACGAGUAACCAAAACGAAAGAUGGUCAUGAGGUGCGCUCGUGCAAGGUGGCAGACAAGAGCGGGAGCAUUGCCAUCUCUGUUUGGGACGAGCUCGGCAGCCUUAUUCAGGCAGGGGACAUCAUCAAGCUGACCAGAGGCUAUGCAUCAAUAUGGAAAGGCUGCCUGACCCUAUACACUGGAAGAGGAGGGGAUCUUCAGAAGAUUGGAGAGUUUUGUAUGGUGUAUUCAGAAGUGCCCAACUUCAGUGAACCAAACCCAGAGCUGCUAGCCCAAACAAACCAGCAAAACAAGUCUGGUAAACCAGACCAGAAUCAGAGGGGAAACUCUCCGCCCAAUCAGAAUUCAGGUACACCUGCCCCACCAGGUAAUGGUGCCAUGCCGCCAUUUGCCAACAACAACCCACCACCUGGUGCCCCCCGUGACCCUGCCUUUGGAAACAUUGGACGACCCAACGGUCGAUCACCUGGCAAUGGAGCGCCUCCAGCUACUGCUGCAGGACCCCCAACAGCUGCAAAGUCUUCGGUUACCAUUAGCAACGGCAGGGACCCACGGCGUGCCAAAAGAUGAAAUUGGGAUUUGGGGGGGGGAUCUUGUGGGAAAACUAUGGACAUCCCCAUUUCCCCCGCUCCCUUUUUUUUUUUUUUUUUUUUUUCCUUUUCUUUUUUAUUAACAGCCUAUAUUGACUUUCAAAAUAAAUUAAAUUUAGGGACUGCUUGCAUCAUUUUUAUACAGGCUAACAUAGUCAGAUGUGUCGUUUGUCAUGCAUAGUGCAAAUAGCGCUCUCAGUAAGCAGCACAGUGUGAUUGUGAUCUACCACUUGAUGCACAAGCAGGACUUCUUUUUAUAGUCGAGCCUUGGUGGUUGAGUUGUGGUCAACCUUCUCAGUCUACACCCCUGUCCUCUAAAUCUCACUGCAAAUUGGCAGUUCUGUGCCAGUGUCUCCUCCCUCAUACGCUGUCCCAACCCCCCUUCCCUUUUAUGAUAUUUCAAAACUAUACACCCUACUUGAACACUUGAUGCACUUUCUUCUCUUAAUUUAUGUCGAGGCAAACUUUGCUGUCAUUAAAAUCAGGAAAUCCGUUUCUGCUUUUUUGGUGGAAAAGGCCUUAAGUUGGUGAAAGUGAGUUCUUGGACUGAAUGCACACAUGAUAUUCUGCAAAGGGUCUUCUCUUUCUCUUAACCGAACUGUAUCCGAAGUGACUCUGUGAAAGGAAAGGUGUUAGUUUAGAAUUUUUAAUGAUAGGUAGGUAGGUUGACAUUAAACUGUUUUUUCAUAAGGCAA